UGCAGAAGCAGCAUCAGCAGCAAUCAUCACCGCCUCCAAAAUUUCAGGAUUUUCUGAAGCAGAAUAGGGCAGAUCAUGUUAUAGUGAUGGAGAAACCAGCUUUGUCACUUGAGGGUGAUCCUGGUAUGAGUAGCCAAGUAAGACUGGAAGGGUCUAAAAGAAUAACAGAUCAAGCAUUUGAGCCAUCUUGCAGGAAGGCUAGAGUUUCCAUACGGGCACGUUCAGAUUUUUCUCUGAUAGGUGAUGGGUGUCAGUGGAGAAAGUAUGGACAAAAGACAGCUAAGAAUAACCCUUGUCCCCGAGCUUAUUACCGUUGCAGCAUGGGAAAUGCAUGCCCAGUUCGUAAACAGGUGCAAAGGUGUGUUAAGGAUAAUAAUGUGUUCAUUACAACUUAUGAAGGGAGCCAUAAUCAUCCACUCCCUGCAGCAGCCAGACCUAUGGCAAGCCUAACAUCAGCAGCACUGAGCAUGUUACUUACGGGCUCAACCACUAGUUCUGCACAUAAUAACAGCACUGUCCUAAAUUCAGGCCUCUUCUCUUCAUUAUCUGCUCCUGCCUCUAGUGGCUUGGUUUCCUUCUCUACAUCAUCAUCAUGUCCUACAAUAACAUUGGACUUGACUGCCCCCUCUAAAAAUAACUCUUUGAACUUCCAGAGGCCUGCCUCAUCACUAAACCAGUGCCAACCAUUCCCUUUCUCAUUGCAUGGCUCAGCUCAACAAACCGAGCAACUGAAUUUGUUUGCCAAGUCUCGGACCACAAUGGCAUCUGAGAGAAAUCCUUACUUGGAGAAUUUAGUUGGUGCAGCUAUGGCUAAAGAUCCUUCUUUCAAAGCAACAUUGUUACAGCAAUAUCUUCAAUCACCGAAGCAACUCAGAAACUUCAUAAUCACAAUGAACCAAGUGGGAGUGGGCAUGACCAUUCUUCUUAGAUGCUCUCACCGUUGCAUCAGCGCUUCACCACUGGAUUGA